CUCUGCUAUCUCGCGCCUUUCCAUCUUGUUCCUCUCGAGAGCUCAAGCGCCGUAGUUGUUGUUGUGGUAUGUAAUAAUGGCGGCAGCAGGAGGCGGAUUACCAGCCUCGGCUGUAGUAGCAACCAUAAACACCUCCGCCACCGUUCGCUGCCGUUUCCCAGGUCGACCAUGGACGUCUCGGAGCCUGUUGAGGACAGAGAAACGCUCUCAUAUCGGUCGGGUGAGGGAUGAAGACAGAAAAGGGCCGAGGCCCGUCGACGUUGGAGCUACGCUGAGAGAGGAUCCGUCACUGUCGUGUUUGCUCGGGCUGGCGGAGAAACACAGGCUCCAGCGCGAGGCGGGAUUCUGCACGAGCGGGAGCGAUGAGGAAGGAGACUUCACAGGCUUUAAAGUGGACGGUCAGUCGUCCUUGCGGUCAGGACAAGGUUCAUCCAAUAUAAAAUCAUCAUUAUUGGACAAACCUAACUUGAAAGGCAGAAGGUUAUCCAGAACUGACCAAAAAUCUGCGAGGCCCAAAUUGGUUAUUAAAAUGGCAGCCAAAAAGAUGACCAAAAAAGAAACGAUACAAGCAAAAAGGCCAUCUGUGGAUAAAGAUGGACAUCUGAAACAGGGCAGCUCAAGUAAGAGAAAUGGCAGGGUACUCAGAAACCAGAGAGAGGGACCAUUGGCCUCCUUGCAGACUGAAAAUGGGGUGGAUGGGGCGUGUGAAGAGGAGGAGAUCACUGGAAGGUCACAAAGACGUGGUUCCAGUGCAGCACAAAGCAGGAGAAGGCAGGACAAAUUAGUGUGGACUUUAACACUGGUUAAAGGAAAAGAGCGAGCCUCCAGAGUAAAAGACACCAAAGGGCAAAGAGCUUCAGCAGAAUAUGCUAAGACCCACAAGAACAGGACAAAAAAAAUUGCCGGUAGUGAACAGGCUGGUGCUGUAUCCUCAAAACCAAUGGGCAAACAGAGAAGGGGCAGAAUGACAAAAGCAGAUGAUGAGCCUCUUGAAUCCCUUGGCGGAGGUGCUGGAGCAUCUUUAAGUGACAGUUCAUUAAGUUCUUCCAAAAAGAAGCCUUUUGUAAGGCGACGAAAGAAUAUAUUUGGCCGUCGAACUUUACUGCAAAAGGAAGUGCCCCGCAAAGUACCUGACAGUCGAGGGCAGACCUCUAGCAUGCCUAGAAAGAGACAGCGACUUGUUUGCGCAGACACAGGCUCUACACAUGUGCUGCAACGGGUGGAGGGACAGGAACAGCCACUGGGAGAGAUGGAGAAGUCCAAAUCCGGAGUCCAAGCUGAACAACCUAAACACUCCGCCAGACCAAUUGUUAGCGCUCGUUCUUCCCGCGUCAUCAAGAUCCCAAAGAGGUUCAUGGAUGAUGAGCGCAUGUCUGCUCUCCCAGAACGAGGUUCCCCAAAGAAACCAGCUCUUUCUGAACUCCCAAUGGAUCUCGGCAAACCGAAUAUAGAUCUCCAAACCGUCAAUUCCAGAAGCAGGCUGAAGACCGCACAAGAACCGCUGAUCCCAAACAAUGAUGAAAAAAGUGUUUCAGAAAAGGGGCAAUCUCAAGGAGUCAAGCCUGUUUUGAGUUCCUCAAGGCCUUCUGCUGGUCCUCGUGGGAGGGGUGGGAGACCCGGCCAAUCCACGGACCAGUAUAAGAUAUACUGGAAGUUGAAGAAGCUUACAGCAUGUCUGGCAAAACGAAGGAUGCAGCGGAUUGCCAGUUCGAGCUCCAGGCUAGCAGAGGAAGGUGCUGAGGGAGGAACACAUGAUAUGCAGGAAAGGAAGUCUGAUCUCAAAUUGCAGGACAUGUAUUCUCCAGGGGUGGUGCCAAAAGUAGCUAUACGUGUUGGGGAACAUUCGGAUCAGACACCUUUGGCAGAAGUACCUGCUAAGGAGAACGUAGAGAAUUCUAACCUUGAGGGAAUCUCUCAAACGAGUGCACAAAAUACCCAGAUGAUGUUGGAGCAAGGUGGUAACACCCACAGAAUGAGUCUUUCGGGUGCCAAUAAGAGGAUGUUCCACCUGCUGAAGAGAGCCAGAGUCCAACUGAUUAAAAUCGACCAGCAGAAACAGCUCAAAUCAGCUCAGCUUCUGUCUGGCUCUGUGAGAGUAAGAGAUGGAUCAGCCACAGGCAUGCAGAGAGGAAGAAAGAGGGGCAAGAGAGUAGUCCCAGCUAACCCAGAGGGGGCUCCACAAGAGCAAGUGAUCGGUGGUCCACGGAUAAAGCAUGUGUGUCGAGCAGCAGCGGUUGCACUGGGACAGCCACGUGCCAUGGUUCCCGAUGACAUUCCCAGGCUCAGCGCCCUUCCUCUGCAUGAGAGAGAGGGGAUCACUGCUUCACCUGCCGAAGAGGAUGUUGCAUCUCACUCAGAACCAGAGAGUGAAGAAUCUGUUGAACCAAAGCCAACAUUUAGACGCAAGUAUGAAAGCACUGCUUUUGGCUAUCGGCUAAAGCGCUGCUUGCGCUGCAAGGGAUGCAAUCGGCUGGAGGACUGCGGGAGGUGCGUGUUCUGUCUGGACAAGCCCAAAUUUGGAGGACCCAACAAGAAACGGCAGAGCUGUGUCUUAAAGAAGUGUUCGCUGAUUGAGCAGAACAAAACGAGACGAUUUAACAAAGUCCAGAUGAAGCGGCGGCGGCGGCGGCGGCCAUCAGCGGCCUCUGGCAUGAACAGCAGCGAAGAAGAAAACGAGGAGGAAGGGGGAGAUGAUGGAGGAGGACAAGCCCAGUUCAGCCCCACCAGGAGGCAGCCCAGACGACAGGUCACUCCACGGUCCUACAGAAAAAUGCUGGGGUACGACGACUCUGACACAGAGACACAGAGUGUCAGCUCAGAGAAGACAAAGGCCAGCGGCACCCAAAAGACUCAAUCCAGUGACAUGGCUACCUCUGUAACUGCUCCAGAAGAAGCAACAAAGCAGAAAAGGCAAGGGCUUUACAGAGCAUUUUGGGCCCAACGCAGAAUUGAUAAGGAGCCACUUGAACCAUCUUCAUCAUCAUCAUCAUCAUCAGACCCUCCAGCACCACCCCACCAUCCCUUCACCCCCACAGAAAGUCCCUCCCUCAAGCCUGAGCGCAAGCUGCUGUUGCGGCUGGAAAGGCUACCGGCCAGUGUUGUGCAAGCGGCCUUGUUGGGCGUAGCAAUCCCGGACACCACAAAGUCACAGAAAGUGAUGUGCGAGGUGGUGGAAGAGGAGCAAGCUUUUUUUCAUUGCUCCUCUCUUACUCAUUCUCAGAGUUCGGCGGAGCAAACGCCUUCUAGUGUCCUGACUCCGCUGGCCAAUGGCUGCACCCAGAGAGGCAAGUUGUCACAGCGGACGAUGAACAAGAUUCGCGUGGACUUCAAGGAAGACUGUAACAUCCAGAAUGUGUGGUUGAUGGGGGGACUGAGUAUUCUCACUUCAGUUCCCAUCAUGCCCCAGUCUGUGUGUCUGCUCUGUGCCAGCAAAGGCCAACAUGAUAUGAUCUACUGUCAGAUGUGCUGUGAGCCUUUUCACCGUUUCUGCCUGUCACCGGACGACUGCCCAAAGGAGGAGAACAAGGAGAACUGGUGCUGCAGACGCUGCAAGUUCUGCCAUGUGUGUGGCCGCAAGAGCAAGCAAGCAAAGCCAGUUUUGCAGUGCAAGAGAUGCAUGUACUGCUACCAUCCAUCCUGUUUAGGACCCACAUAUCCCAAAUCUGUAAAAAUGAACACCUCUUGGAUUUGUAUGCUGUGUAUCAGGUGUAAGAGCUGCGGAGUGACUCCUGGGAAGUCCUCGGACUUGUCCUGGAACAGUGAGCUGGACCUCUGCCCUGACUGUAGCAAACUCCAUAGCAAAGGGAACUUCUGCACUGUGUGUCUGAAGUGCUUUGAGGAACAUGAGUUUGACAGCAGCAUGAUGCAGUGUGCCCGAUGUGCACACUGGGUCCAUCCCAAAUGUGAGGGGCUCACAGAUGAUCUGUAUGAGAUCCUUUGUCGUCUGCGGGGGAAGAGCCUGGUGUUUUCCUGUGCUCCCUGCAGUAAGAGAUUCCGCAGCGGCUGGCAGGACGUCGUGCAGGUCGUUUUGAGGAACGGUCUAGAGAAGAUCAUGGAUGGAUUGAGGAGCUCUCCGAACAUGUGUCACCUCCUCGUAUGUGCGCAGUGUGAGGCCUGUCCAGAUUUUGAGGUUGUAAAGAAACAGUCAGGCUGUUGUUUACAUCCUAUAGAGAAGAAGCUGGAGAAUGACCUGUACACUUCACUGAAAGCAUUUCAUGAGGAUGUGGUGAUGGUGUUGGUGGAAAGGCUGAGAAAAGAAGAAUAUCCUCCAGUGGAGAAAAGGCCUACAAGCCAAGCCAAGUUGUAUUACAUAAAGCUAGUAGAACAAGUAUUUAGCUGGUUCAACAGUCAGGACCCCAAAACAUGGAACUCUCAUAUGCAAGAAUUUCCACGUGGUAUGCUUCCUGAAGCUGUAAUUCCCCCCAGCAAUGAACACAGUUAUGCACAAUGGCUCAAAGAGCAGAACCCAGAAAACUCUCACUCAAAAUCUCAAGAUCUGCAGAAUGUGAACUCUCAGUCUUUCAUGGAUGAAAGACAGUGCUCCCUCUGUCAGCAACAUGGAGAUGCCAAACCGAAUGAUGCUGGUAGGCUGCUGAAUAUUGGACAGAAUGAAUGGGCUCAUGUGAACUGCUGCAUGUGGUCGGCGGAAGUGCAGGACGUCAAAGGAGCUUUACUGCAUGUUCACAGUGCCGUCGCCAGGGGCCGCUUCAUGCGCUGUGAAAGUUGUGGCCAAACAGGGGCGACUGUGGGUUGUUGUCUCACCUCGUGUCAGAGUAACUACCACUUCAUGUGUGCUCGUGCCAGCAACUGUGUCUUCCAGUGUGAUAAGAAAGUCUACUGUUACAAACACCGUGAUCUCAUAGACAACAAGAUUGAACAAGGCAAUGGGUUUGAAGUUCUCAGAAGGGUCUACGUUGAUUUUGAUGGAAUCAGUCUGCGUAGGAAGUUUCUAACAGGCUUGGAGCCAGAGUCUGUAAAUGUGAUGAUUGGGUCUCUACACAUUCAAAAACUUGGUGUUCUGACGGAGCUGUCUGCAAAUUCUGGAAAAUUGUAUCCAGUUGGUUACCAAUGUUCUAGAUGGUAUUGGAGCACUGUUGACCCUCGCAGGCGAUGUCGGUACACUUGUAAAGUGACAGAGGUGCGACCUUCAACACGGUGCAAAACUCCUUGUUUCUUGGUGGACCAGGGAGAAAAUCACACAAUUGUACACAGCCCAAAAGUUCACAAUGAUGAGGAUGACACAGACAGCGAGUCUUUUUCACCUGAGCUUCCUACCAAUACUCCCUCCAAGUCUAAACAGGACUCAGGGGUCGCAGGUAAGACUCCUGGGUAUCCACACAAUAGGAGACCAGCAGGAGGAAUGUCCAGACCAUUACCUUCCCCAGGAAAUGCUGUUUCCACAUCCCAUCACAUUUUGACCAUCAGUGACCUUGAUGAGACACGGCGUGCAACAAGGAGACUUUCCACACGUAGCCGAAACGCCUCUCCUCCCCCUGUGGUACUUUCGGGCCCGAUAGCUCUGCGAUCAGGGAGCUUGAUUCACCCUAGGUCACUUUCAUUUAGCCCCCCUGUCUCACCACUUGGUGCAACCGAGAACCUCAUGAGCACCACUUCACCUCGACGAAGAGGGAGGCCUUCUUCAUUAUCUCCAUCUAGCAUCACCUCAGGACCCUCUCCGCCACAAGCAGCUCUCCGAAGUCCCUCUUCGACCGCACCUUCAUCUGUCCGCCACUCCUCACGACUUCAACAGCCUUUCACAACUACAACACAUAAAACUGACGAGGUGGAUCAGGAGUUCUUUGCCUUGUCAGAGCCAGAGGAGGCUGCAGGUGCGCCAAGCCACAGAAUUCCCACCACAUCUGACAAGUCGGAUCAAGAACUGCUUUCUGUGCACUUUGAUCCAGACACAGAUGUGGCUUUGGCCUCUGUAUUGAACGCAAAGCUUGAAUUUGAUGAGGCUUUGCUCAAUGAAAAUGUGGCUCUGGAUUGUGACCCUCAAGGUAGUGAGGCAGAUGUGGAAGAAGGAGCCUGCAAAUACAUCACUGGCAGGAAUGAUCUGUCAUCUCCUGUGACUUCAGAGAUGCAGAUGGAAACAGAUAAUGAUGUUGCUGACCAUUAUCUGAAUUUCUCUCGCACAGUUGUGGUCCGUGAGCCUGCCAAAGACUCUACACAGGCAGGUCUUGCUGUCCUUUCUAACUCAGGGUCCAUCUCGCAGCUGGAUGGAGCUGACAAUGACUCAGAGAGCGAUACAGGUGAAGCCAACACAGAUGAUGAUACUCAGGAAAUAGGGAGUAGUUUUUGUAGUCAGGAUACUGAGCCAUUAAAACUCACUAGUCCAAACAAGGGCAGAACGCUUGGCGACGAGCAGCUAGUUUGCACACAAACAUCGAUUGCAAAUCCACAAACAGCAGAUUCUAUUGAUCAGAAUGCUCAGUCAGAGACACUAAACAUGGAACAGGUUUGUGAAGAACAGGAAAUAAGUACUUUACAAGAGAGCGGAAAGUUGCUUGUUGACCUUAGCGCUGACAUAUCCAACCAACAGGAAGGAUCCUUCACAGAAGGAUUGAAAGCAACAACCCCCAUCAUUUACAAAGGCGGUGAUCUUGUGACGAGCCAAGAAGUAGUCUUGAUGGAGAAUGAAUCAACAGAGAGCUCGCAAGAGGUGUUCUUGGACGACGCCAGUGGGAAUUUUAUAUCCGCUGUUGACGGCAGAGUUUUGGACUUGACAGAAAAUGCUGCUGGUCCUGAGGCGACAAGUGAUUCCUCACCAAUAAACAAGGAUGAAUCUGUUUUAAUGAAAGGUUUGUUGCCUGUUGAGAAUCUGGCAGCAGCCAUGCCAAUGAGGGGUACUAGAACAAUUCAUGUUGUUGCACCAGCUAUGCACACAAAAAGACGUUAUGUGACUAUACAACCUGGAUCCCAACCCAAAACUCUCCAGAUGGCCAUACCUACUGCCACCUCUCUGCCACUCUCCAUGCCCGUCAGUGUUGUUUCAUCUUCUCCCACCUUUUCCAUUGCACAGCAAGGAACUCUGCUUGCUCCUGCCCCGGCUGUAAUAAAUGGUUUCGGAGCUCUGGCGAAGGAAGCCACAAAGGGUCGUGCGAUCGCCAUACGCAUUACCACCCCAAAACAAGUGACAGGACAGUCUCUGCUCCAGUGUUUGCCCGGUACACCCUCUACACCUCAGGUUCUUCUGGUCAACCGUGCUGGACAGAUUCUAGUGAAAAACCCACUGACUAAUACCUACCAAGUACCUAGUGCUAAUUCCCCCUCGUAUACCCAAAUCAGCCAGAUUGCGAAGAUAAUCCACAGUAGUAACGUUCUCCAGCGACCCGUGCCUAAGGUUACGGUGAUACCAGUGCCGCAGCUUCAGACUAGUCUCGGCAAAACCACACCAACGCGUAUCAUCUCUUACAGCAGCAGCAAUGGAGCAGCACCGUCAACCCAGGUGCUUAUCAGGAGGAUUCCUCAGAGUAAUCCUGGAAGCCAAUUGCACGGUAUUAGUCCGCCGAUAGAAAGAGCUGACUUGAUUUCUGAAGGUGGGCGGAAGGAAAUGGUGGCCCAGGCCAUAAUCGACAAAGCAAUGGCAAGUCACCGCGAAAUGGCAAAUCCCAUCAGCACAAAACCUUCUCCGCUCCACCUUGAUAAACGGCUCUCUCCUGAAUCGAAGGAAUCAUCUACUGUGUGUCGUCUUCGAACUCAACCCAACAUCUUGUCCCACUCCAGACCUCCAGUCAAGAUCAAGAGAGUGUCUUCAUUAACUGAUCGAAUUGGUGUGAAAAGAUGCAGGACAGACUUCUUGGAUCAAAUUGAUCCUUGUUCCCAGGAUGACCACAGCAGAUCAAAUCGGGUUCGAAUAAAGGCCCCUAGUGUAAAGGAUGUGCUCGACUUUGACGAACCUGAACCUCUUGACCAGCAGAAGAUUGAUGAAUCCAAGGUUGCUGAACUAGAGAGAAUUACUCCAAAUAAUUUAGAGCCCACUGCGGCGCAGGAAAAUAACACACGAGACGGUGGGAAAUCUCAAUGUAUGAGCACAAAACAUAGUGAUUCCUCUGACUGGGCCCCGUAUGCAGGUUGGAGUUCAGAUGAGGACUCCCCAUCACCUGGCAAGCAGGAUAAAUGUGCCAGUCUGUAUCAGCCCCACCUGCGAUUCCAAAUUACCAGUGAGGAUGGUUUUAGCAUAGAAGCCGACAGUAUGGAUGUGGCGUGGAAGGCAGUAAUGGAUGGUGUCCAGGAGGCACGGAUAGGCUGUCGGCUGGAGCAAUUGCCCAUCAGCAGGAUCAGCGGUGCCAGGGUGCUGGGUGUCCUCCAUGAUGCUGUGCUCUUCCUGCUGGAGCAGUUGCAGGGUGCUUCCCUCUGCCAGAAACACCGUUUCCGUUUCCACCAGCAUGAAGUACCAGAAGAGGUGCUCCCAAUCAACCCCAGUGGCUGUGCCCGCGCAGAGGUCUAUGAGCGAAAAUCUACCUUUGAUAUGUUUAAUUUCCUGGCGUCGCAACAUCGGCAGCUUCCCGAGUCUAGGCCAUGUGAUGAUGAAGAGGAUGAUGUUAUGCUCAAAUCCAGCAGAAGAGCCACAAGUACGGAGUUGCCAGUGGCUAUGAGGUUCAGACACUUGGAAAGAACCUCCAAAGAAGCUGUGGGAGUUUACAGAUCUGCUAUACAUGGUCGUGGUCUUUUCUGCAAGAGGAACAUUGAGGCUGGGGAGAUGGUGAUCGAGUACGCUGGAAAUGUCAUCCGCUCAGUUCUCACAGACAAAAGGGAGAAAUACUAUGACGGCAAGGGCAUCGGCUGCUACAUGUUUCGCAUUGACGACUUCGAUGUGGUGGAUGCCACCAUGCAUGGAAACGCGGCACGGUUCAUCAAUCACUCCUGCGACCCCAACUGUUACUCGAGAGUCAUCAACGUGGAGAGCCAGAAGCACAUCGUUAUUUUCGCCCUGCGGAAGAUUUACCGCGGAGAGGAGCUCACCUACGACUACAAGUUCCCCAUUGAAGAUGCAAACAACAAAUUGCACUGUAAUUGCGGGGCCCGGCGCUGCCGACGCUUCCUGAACUAAAGUCACCGUGGUUUACUCUGGCACAUGGGUGGAAAUAGGAGGUUUGUGAGGGGAUAUUUUGGUAUGGGUGGCUAUUUUUGAAGGAAGACACUCAUUACGGGUGCUUGAGGGUAUGGAGCUGAAGGAUACACCAUAUUGAUAUGGAUCGGCCAGGUGUGUAGCGUUUUUAGACCACCACUCACGUCUUGAUUGGUUACCUCGUAUGAGCUAUAUUUCCUACCCCAACAUUCGACAACCUGGAAAGUCCUGGACUGCAUUAGGCAGAUGAUUGCUUUGAUUUAACAAUUAAAAUUUGUGACCUCAAACGAAUACCCUUUACUUAACUACUUCACCUGUCCUUAUGCUACUUUUCCCCAGCAUGCCUUUCAAAUCUUGCCACUGGUUAUACAGUAGAUCUUUUCUGGAAGAAUCCUUUAGCUGUCAGAACUAAUGUACAGAGGUUUUCAUAGUGGAAGAUACCCUGAAGUUUCAAUGGGUGUGAUUAUUUUUGCUACUGAAUCAGAGGAGUUCCUAUGAUGGGUCAUCCUCAAUAGCACCUUAAUAAUCUUUGCUCUUCCCCCCGCCC